AUGUCCAACGCUAAGUAUACUGCCGCUCCUCAGGAGGAUCCCGAGGCCGCCACCUACAGCCAGGCGCCACCCGCAUACCAGGAACCCAGUGCUGCCGACGACCAGGAGCGCCUCUUUGGAGCUCCACGAAGCAGCGAGGACAAUGUGCCCGAUGAUUUCAAGUUCGGCGGCUCUGUAGCUGAAGCCACCAUCGACAUCCGCAACCAAUUUGUUCGCAAGGUUUACACCAUCCUGACUGUCCAGCUCAUUGCUACGGCUGCCGUGAGCGCCCUCAGCUUCUUCAGCGAUGACUACAAGAGUUGGAUCCAAGGCCAUCCGGCACUCGUCUGGGUUUCGCUCUUCGGUUCCCUGGCUUUUAUGAUCCUGACCUUCUGGAAACGCCACUCCUACCCGACCAACCUGAUCUUCCUCUCCGGCUUCACCCUCCUCGAGGCGUACACCAUCUCCGUGAUCGUCUCCUUCUACCAGACGCAGAUCGUGCUCAACGCCGUCGUCCUGACCGCCGGCAUCUUCGUCUUCCUGACCCUGUUCGCCUGCCAGACAAAGUACGACUUCACCUCGUGGAUGCCCUACCUGUUCGGCGGGCUGUGGGCGCUGAUCCUCUUCGGCUUCAUGGCCGCCUUCCUCCCCUACAGCAGCACCGGCGAGCUCAUCUACGGCGGCGCCGCCGCCCUCAUCUUUAGCGCCUACAUCCUCGUCGACACCCAGCUCGUCCUGCGCAAGCACCACGUCGAGGAGGAGAUCGCCGCCGCCGUCAGCCUGUACCUCGACAUCAUCAACCUGUUCCUCGCCAUCCUGCGCAUCCUGAACAGCCAGCAGAACAACUAA